GAACCCUCCAGCCGUGCCUCCGAGGAGAGGACCCUCGGAAAUCACCCCCUGCUCGGAACACAGCGGGGCCAGAGCCGCCGCCACAACCGCCGCAGCGCCCUCCCCUCAGCCGCGGCCGCCGGCAGCGCCCCCUGCCGCGCCCUGCCGGCACCGCAGGCCGCGGCAAUGGCGGCCCCCACGGCCCACGCGUGAGCGCUUCCGCUGACCGCCGCUGCCGUGAGGGUGUGCAACGGGGAUUAAGAUGGCUUGGCUGGGCUAGACAGUCGGCUCUGUUGCCUGUGGCAGAGAACCUGCAGCUGCUGUCAAGUACUUUACAAGCAAGCCAUCUAUUGAGCUGAAUAAGUCUUGAGGAAAAAGCUCGCUGUGGACCUGAACUAAGGCAGGAAAUACUUGAAGAGGACAUAGUGGAGCACAACACGGGUUUUUGGUGGUGUCUGGACAAGAACUGUCAGGAGAGUUUUAAUAGCUGGAUUGAGGCUACUGAGUGAUAGCGAUUUUGAACCACUGUUUUACAGGAGUGGUACCAAAAAGCCUGCUGUUAUGCUGAGUGCUUUACAGGAUAAAUAACACUCCCUUCUUCCUCAGCUGCCUAAAAAUCAAGCCAUAGGUGUUGAGCUUCAACCUGAAUACGGGAGGAAAAAAUGCCAGCUUCUCUAAGAAAACUGCAGCAAAUGGCUGUUUUCAUGGGUCUGUUCAGUGGCGGGGGAUGCAUCGUGAUGUAUAAUCUUAUGCAAAAAAGUUUUGCCCGGACCCAGUAUUACCAGCAGGCCUUGGAGCAACUGAACAGCAAUCCCGAUGCCUUGGAAGCCCUGGGUGCCCCACCUCUUAAGGUUCACAACAUCCGACUGACAGAUGGGAGUAAUCGUGUGGACACAGAAAGAGCACGGAUAAAGUUACCAGUAUCUGGAACAAAAUCAGCAGGGUACCUUUACAUUAACUCGGAGAUGGACCACUCCCGUCAAUGCUGGUGCCUUCAGGAUGUCACCUUGAAACUGCGAGAUGGUCAGAGUAUUCCUGUUUACCGCUCCCCGGUGGAGACCAGUGGUGUGCAAGAAGGCUAAAACUCAAAGGCAGCUGCGUCUCCACCUCCCACUGAGCCGAAGGAGCCAUUAAUCGAUCGCAUCCCACUGUGUUUGUGAAUGUAUGCAGUUGUCACAAGCGACAAUUCCACUUAGGUGGGUGCUCUCAAGACAAUUUUCUCUCCAAGACUGACCUCAUCAUUGUCAUGACUGUAAUUUCUUUCUUUUGCUGGUCUACUCAUGUGUUCAGCAGAAGACUAAAAUAAAUAUAUUGCAAAAGA